CAUCUCCCGGAUCAUUCACAUCCACCCAUUAAGAAGGAAAUAUCAGUCCCUCCAGCUCGUGACCGCACCGCUGUGUGUCUCCUCCUCCUGUCAGUCCCUGUCCACUAACCCGAGAGCGUGUGUGUGUGUGUGUGUGUGUGACUGUGAGUGUGUGUGAGCGUGUGUGUGUGCGCGCUCCAUCCAUCGCCCGUGUGUUUGUGCACCAGCUGUUUUCCUUGUGUGCAACAUGCAGAAGAGACGGAAGCCGGAGCCGAUCCAACUCAACCCCAUCCCCGAUGGAAACACUAUCAACGGCACCGGAGCCACAGAAACAAACUUGGAGGCGCUGCAGAAGAAACUAGAGGAGCUCGAGUUGGAUGAGCAGCAGCGCAAACGCCUGGAGGCCUUUCUGACGCAGAAGCAGAAGGUGGGUGAGCUGAAGGACGAUGACUUCGAGAAGAUCUGCGAGCUGGGCGCAGGCAAUGGAGGGGUGGUCUUCAAGGUCUCCCACAGACCCUCCGGUCUGAUUAUGGCGAGGAAGCUGAUCCACCUGGAAAUCAAACCAGCCAUCAGGAACCAGAUCAUUAGGGAGCUGCAGGUGCUGCACGAGUGUAACUCGCCCUACAUCGUAGGCUUCUACGGGGCUUUUUACAGCGAUGGAGAAAUCAGCAUCUGCAUGGAGCAUAUGGACGGCGGCUCCCUGGACCAGUCGCUGAAGAAGGCAGGCAAGAUCCCAGAGCAGAUCCUUGGCAAAGUCAGCAUCGCUGUCAUUAAGGGGCUCUCUUACCUGAGGGAGAAACACAAGAUCAUGCACAGAGAUGUGAAGCCCUCGAACAUCCUAGUGAAUUCCCGCUGUGAGAUCAAGCUGUGCGACUUUGGAGUGAGCGGACAGCUCAUCGACUCUAUGGCUAACUCCUUUGUGGGCACUCGCUCUUACAUGUCUCCAGAGCGUUUGCAGGGCACCCAUUACUCUGUCCAGUCGGACAUCUGGAGUAUGGGUCUGUCCCUGGUCGAAAUGGCUAUUGGACGCUUCCCCAUCCCGCCGCCUGAUGCUAAGGAACUGGAACAGAUUUUUGGAUUCCCAGUGGAAGGGGAGGCAGCCGCCAGUGAGUCCUCCCCAAAGCCUCGACCUCCUGGGCGACCAGGCAGCUCAUACGGACCUGACAGCAGGCCACCGAUGGCUAUAUUUGAGCUGCUUGACUACAUAGUAAACGAGCCUCCACCAAAGCUCCCCGGGAUAUUUGGCCCCGAAUUUCAAGACUUUGUGAAUAAAUGCUUGAUAAAGAAUCCUGCAGAGAGAGCAGACCUGAAGCAGUUGAUGGUGCAUCCCUUUAUCAAACAGUCUGAGGCAGAGCAGGUUGACUUUGCUGGCUGGUUGUGCAGCACCAUCGGACUCAAUCAGCCUGGGACACCCACCCACGGUACAGCGAUGUGAGGCCCCGUACUGCCCACAACAUAUCCCAAGGUCCUCCAAACGAAUGGAGUUGUAUUAUGGGUUAAAUGUUUGUUUAUAUUGAGUACUUAAUGAGUUUUAAAAUUGUGCAAUCAAUAGUUGUAUAUUUAGUGUACACACCUACAUGCCAAGUGAAAUUAACUAUACACUAAAUUCUCAAGGCUAUGUUGUAGGCCUGCCUGAAAAGCCAUCUUUUCUAAUGAAUCCUAUAAUUACAAAUGCUGCUCAACCUGUGUGCUUGAUAUUCCUCUGUACCCUGUGUCCUUACAGCGCAGACAGAUUACAAUCUUUGUUAGCUUAUGUGAAAUAAAUAAGUCUUGUGAAUCAAAAACUU